GCCGCCAUGGAGGCCGCGUCGGCGCUGAGCGACAUGUACGACCAGGCGCUGCUCGGCAUCCUGCAGCACGUGGGCAACGUGGAGGAGUUCCUGCGCGUGCUCUUCGGCUUCCUCUACCGCAAGACCGACUUCUACCGCCUGCUGCGGCGGCCCGGCGACCGCCUGGGCUUCCCGCCCGGCGCCGCGCAGGCCAUGGCGCUGCAGGCCUUCAAAGUCUUCGAGCGCAUGGCCCGGCAGGACGACGAGAAGAGGCGCCAGGAGCUGGAGGCGAAGCUGAAGAAGAAGGAGGAGGAGGAGGAGGAGGAGGAGGCGGCGGCCGCAAGGCUGAAGGCGGCUCCCGAGGCGCAGACGGAGCCGACGGCGGCGCCCGGGCCGGCAGCGGGUGCCGAGGGAGCUGCGGGCGCUCGGGAGCCGGCGGCUGCUCCCGCGUCCUCCACGGCGGAGCCCCCCCGGCCGGCGGAGCUGCCCACGAGACAGGAGCAGUUCCAGACCAAUCCCGACAGCUACAACGGAGCCGUGCGCGAGAAUUACGCCUGGUCCCAGGACUACAGCGACCUGGAGAUUAAAGUGCCAGUGCCCAAGCACAUCGUAAAAGGCAAACAGGUGGCCGUGGAUAUCGGCAGCGGCGCCAUCCGCGUCGCCGUGCUCGAGGGCGGCAGCCAGCGCGUGCUCAUGGAGGGCAAGCUCACGCACAAGAUCAACACGGAGAGUUCCCUCUGGAGCCUGGAGCCGGGCAAGUGCGUUUUGAUCAGCCUGAGCAAGGGGGACGAGUACUGGUGGAGCGCGGUGCUGGAGGGCGAGGAGCGCAUCGACAUCGACAAGAUCAACAAGGAGCGCUCCAUGGCCACGGUGGACGAGGAGGAGCACGCCGUGCUCGACCGCCUCACCUUCGACUACCACCAGAAGCUGCAGGGCAAGCCGCAGAGCCACGAGCUGAAGGUGCACGAGAUGCUCAAGAAGGGCUGGGACACCGAGGGCUCGCCGUUCCGCGGGCAGAAGUUCGACCCCGCCAUGUUCAACAUCUCCCCCGGCGCCGUCCAGUUUUGACGCCGGCGGCGCCCGGGGCCGGGGCGGGAGGAAGAGGA